AUGGGAAACCUCGGUGAUCUCUCGCCAGGAGGAAGUAUAAUUGGUAUUCUAGUUGGCCUUCUCUCAACCAGCGUACAAAGUCUUGGUCUCACCCUACAGCGAAAGUCACACCUACUCGAAGAUGAUAAGGCGCCGUGCGAUCCGCAACGCCCACCCCACCGUCGUCGACGAUGGCAACUCGGCAUGGCCAUGUUUGUUAUCUCCAACCUCGUCGGUAGCACCAUUCAGAUUACCACCUUACCCUUGCCCGUUCUCUCCACACUUCAAGCGUCGGGCUUAGUAUUCAACUCGAUCUGUGCAACUUUAAUAUUGGGAGAACCCUUUACGAGAUGGUCGUUUGGAGGGACCUUGCUCAUAUCCAGCGGCGCUGGCCUAAUUGCGACCUUUGGAGCCAUCUCUGAGCCGGCUCAUAGUCUUGAUCAGCUCCUUAGUCUUCUUAGCCGACGAGCGUUUGUCACAUGGAUGUUAUUACAGACUACCAUGGUGAUAGCUAUCAUAGCAUUUGCCGAAUUCCUCUCGCGCCUAGCCAAAGCCUCCUCUAGCCCCCUACUACAUUUAUGUCAGGGCCUGGCAUACGGUGUAAUCAGCGGUAUCCUCUCCGCCCACUCACUUCUCGUGGCAAAGUCAGCCGUCGAGCUCCUGGUACACACUAUAUCCGAUCGCAGUAAUCAGUUUAAUCGCUGGCAGUCCUGGAUCAUCAUACUCGGCCUCAUAUUUCUUGCCCUAACUCAACUCUACUACUUACAUCGAGGUUUAAAACUUGUAUCGACAAGUAUUCUAUACCCGAUAGUCUUUUGUAUCUACAACAUAAUCGCUAUCCUCGAUGGCCUAAUAUACUUUAAACAGACAGACCGCCUUAGCCUUGUUCAUGCUGGUCUCAUAGCACUUGGCACCGUUAUCCUUCUCUCUGGCGUCUUGGCCCUAUCCUGGCGUCUCUCCGACGAUCAAGUUAAGCCGACCGUCGCAAAAUCGGCUCUAGCUCCUGGACUGGGCUUUGUAGAAGACUCAGAUAGUAAUGAUUCUCAAGACUCGGCGGAAAAUGAGAGCGAUCAAUGUAAUAUCGGGGCCGAAGACCAGCCCCUCUUGAGCGCUUCAGCAACGAAGACUUCCCACGGAAACCUAGAUUUACUUAAGGGAUUCCCUAUCCACGGGAAGAGGAAUGGGCGACGAUCCGAAGUGGAAGAGAUAUGGAGCGAACUAGAAGAUGUAGAUAUCCUCUCGCCCUCCAACGCCAUUCCGCGAAAAAUAUUUCCCCUCACCGCCGCUACAGAUCCCAGCAUUCCACGACAGUCGAACAGUGAUAUUAAACGCAAGUCGUCGUCUGGGUUCCCCGAUCACAAUCAACCACGGCCAUCAAAUGUGGAUACUAAACGUAGACUCUCUCUCGGCUUUCCUAACAUAACCUUUCGGCACUCUUCGAAUACCGCGCCCAAUAGACGGCAGCAGAGUGCUCUAGGCGGCUUUUGGAAGAUGAGAUGGCUCGGUUUGAAAUCGCCUAGCGAUGAAGAGUCUAAGUUAAAUGGUGUUGUCACCAAACAGUCUAUUACAGGCAAUGUUAACAAUAACACUUCUGAUAAUGCUACUUGA